GCUAAACCCCUCUAAACCCCUCCAAUCCAUUCCAGAUUCUUCCGCAUCGCCGUGGUUAACACAAAGUUCAAUCCGGCAACCCUUCAAACUCAGAAUCCUCUAACAGACAUGAGAAGACCAAAACCCAAGUCCAAGAAGUUCAAAAUCCAGAGCCGUCAAGCCGAGGUUGAAGAACUUGAGCUCCUCGAGUCAUGGAUUGAAUCCGGUAAACCCGAAUCGGGCUCUAACCCGCUUUCACUCCAGCCGCUACCAAAUAAAUCUCCGGUUGGCCGGCUAUCCGAUGGCUCGUUUUCUCGUUACGCGGGUUGUAAAAAGUUCAGCCAAUUGCCUUUGUCGAAGAAAACUAAAGAUGGGUUGGCUGCAGCUAAGUACAAAAACAUGACUGAUAUUCAGAGGGCCUCAUUGCCCCAUUCGAUUUGCGGCCGUGACAUUCUUGGUGCUGCUAAAACUGGGUCUGGUAAGACCCUGGCUUUCGUUAUUCCGAUUCUUGAAAAGUUAUACCAAGCUAGAUGGGGUCCAGAAGAUGGAGUUGGAUGCAUUUUAAUGUCUCCUACAAGGGAGUUAGCUGGCCAACUUUUUGAAGUAUUCAAAUCGGUUGGAAAAUACCAUGGUUUUAGUGCUGGUCUUCUAAUUGGUGGCCGUAAAGAUGUUGACACAGAGAAAGAACAUGUUAAUGAUCUGAACAUCUUGGUGUGCACUCCCGGAAGGCUUCUUCAGCACAUGGAUGAAACCCCAAAUUUCGACUGCUCACAGCUCCAGGUUCUGGUGCUUGAUGAGGCAGAUCGUAUUCUUGAUGUAGGAUUUAAGAAAGCUUUAAAUGCUAUUAUCUCACAACUGCCAAAGGAUAGACAGACCUUGCUGUUCUCAGCUACGCAAACAAAAUCUAUUCAAGAUCUUGCUAGGCUUAGUCUGAAAGAUCCAGAAUACCUUAGUGUGCAUGAAGAGGCAGAAACUGCAACUCCCAAUCGCCUGCAGCAAACAGCAAUCAUUGUUCCUCUUGAGCAAAAAUUCGAUAUGUUAUGGAGCUUUGUAAAGGCGCAUCUUAAUUCGAGGAUACUGGUGUUUCUUUCGAGCUGCAAGCAGGUAAGGUUUGUUUUUGAGACCUUUAAAAAACUUCGUCCGGGGAUCCCUUUGAAGUGUCUUCAUGGAAGGAUGAAGCAGGAAAAACGAAUGGGCAUAUACUCCCAGUUUUGUGAGCAACGUUCAGUUUUAUUCUCCACUGAUGUUGCUUCAAGGGGGCUUGAUUUUGAUAAGGCUGUUGACUGGGUUGUCCAGAUGGAUUGUCCUGAAGAUGUUGCUGCAUACAUACAUAGAGUGGGCCGAACAGCUCGCUACCUUUCCGGAGGGAAAUCUGUUUUAUUUCUCAUGCCUUCAGAAAUGAAAAUGCUUAAAAAGUUAGAAGAGAAGAAAAUACCCAUUCGAUUUAUCAAGGCAAAUACGAAAAGGUUACAGCCUGUUUCUGGGUUGUUAGCAGCUUUGUUGGUGAAGUACCCCAAUCUGCAGCAGCUGGCUCAGAGAGCAUUUAUUACAUAUUUGAAGUCCAUAAAUAAACAGCGGGAUAAGGAGGUCUUUGAUGUGAUGAAACUCCCAAUUGAUGACUUCUCUGCAUCAUUAGGCCUUCCAAUGACUCCCAAGAUUCGUUUUCUGAAACAGAAAGUUAAGGGAAAAGCUUCUGAGGAAUUGUCUCUUGUACAAGAAAGUACUGUUAGUGACAACUUGAAUGAAGAUCAAAUAGAAAGUUUUGACACUGGCAAACCUGAGAAAGACAGAGUAGAAGCAAAAGAAGACAAAUUUCUUCUUCUGCAAGAGGACACGCAACGCGGAGAAAAAGUUACGGAAAUUGGAGAUGCUGGUCCACCUGCAACUAGGGUUUUAAAGAAAAAGAAGUUGAAGAUCAAUGUGCAUCGACCAGUUGGGACCAGGGUUGUGUUUGAUGAAGACUGCAACACUUUACCCCCUCUCGCAAAGUUGGCUGAUGUAAAAAGAAGUGCUGACUUGGUUCAUCUGGACAAAGACAAAGUUAAGCAAAGAUUUGCAGACCUGAGGAAAGAAUUGAAGAUAGUAGACGAGGAAGAUAAGAUUUUGGACCGUAAGCGGCGAAAAGAAAAGAGAAUCAAGGAGAAAAUGAAGUGGAAGAAAGGAAGGGAAGGAGAGGAGGCAGAUGUAGGUAGUGAGGUGGAUAUUUCUGCAUCAGACACAGAAGAAAGUGGAGAUAGAGUCAAUAAGAAGACGAAGAUAUAUUUCGACACUGACAGUGAUGAUGGUAAGAGGACGAGAAAGGACAAACAGGGUGGUUCUGCAGACUCCAUUUCUCUGGCUGAGCAAGAGCAGCUGGCUCUUAAGUUGCUGAGUUCCAUGCAUUCGUAGUUUAUAUUUGGAUAUUAUAGUGGUAUUUUUUUUCCAAAAAAAAAAUACACUCAAACACACACAGCAUGAAAUGUGGUAUGGGGUGAGACAGUAUCCAGUCAAACUGUAAUCUGUACACUUGCAGUUAGUUUAUUAUAUAAUGAGAAGAAAGGUCAUAUUUUCCUUGUUUGAAA